AUGUCCUGCCGCUCCCGGCCCCCCACGGGGGACAUCCCCAGAAACCUCAGCUACAUUGCUGGACUUUAUGAACGAGCCUAUUACCGAACAGCCAGACCAAGCCUCGAGGAGCGUGAUGAAGAAGAAGAAGAAGCAGCGUCCUCACCAGGUCGCUCCACCGCCAUAAAAUCCAUAAGCGCUCCACGAAGGCGUUCGCGAUCUGCCCCAGCCUUGCGUGUACCCCGGUCAGAACGCCAUCGUAGCCCAGAAACCAGGAAGAGGGUCCGCUUUGCAGAUGCACUAGGGCUGGAGCUGGAGUCGGUACGACACUUCAGACGUGAGGAUAUGCCCCAUAUUCCACAACACGUGACCUACCGGCUACAGAGAGAAUUGUUGGAGCAAAUUGGAGGAUCCUGCAGCUCCAGAGAGGAUGUGAGCUGGUGUGAAGCUCGCCAUGUCAUAUCCCCUUCAUGGAUAGUAGAGCCAGGAACACUGGAAAAACAAACAUGGGAGCGAAGUGCCUGGGAUCAGCAAACAUGGGAUCAGCGCGUGUGCCUGCAGAAUAUGCGCUGUGAAAGCUGCUUCCUUUGGGGAUCCGUAAGGGUUCUUGAUCUUGCUUAUGAAAAGAAAGUUACAGUGCGCUAUACUCUGGAUGGAUGGCUUUCGUAUCGGGAAACCCAUGCUCUCUAUGCUGCUCGUCUGUGCCAUGGUGGAGCUGGCCAUCCUGGCACAGAUCUCUUCACCUUCCGUCUACCUCUACCACCUGGAGACCAUCCCCAGACUUCUUCACUACAAUUUGCUAUUUGUUAUCAAGUUGGAAAUGAGGAGUUUUGGGACAACAACAAGGGCAAGAAUUACAGCCUAAGUCUGUCUAGUGCUGGAGCUUCCCGGACUCAG